AUGGGUUCUUGUCAAACUAUUUAUUGCAAAAAAGAAAUAGAUUAUGGAUUAAAAACUCAUCAGAAGAGUGAAAACAAUGUUGAUGAAGGUAAUCCUGAAUUUGAAGAUUCUAAUAUACAAAUUACACAUCAUUCAUUAUAAAAAGAUAAAGAUAAAUUUCAAGAGGAUCAUUUACUUUUAGAAUCUGAAUUAAUUAAAAAGAAGAAUCAACCAAAAGAUUCUAAUUGUAUAAGUAAUUAAAAAGACCAUGAAUAAAUACAGAAAAACUAAGAAAUUAUUUAUUAUAAUUAUGAGCAUCCAACAUCUACUUCUGAUUAAAUAUAUUAAGAACAUUAAAAUUAAGCAGAUAAAUCUGAAAAACAAGAAAAAAUAAUUAAGAAUUCUCUUUUUUCCAUUUCUAAAAAUUAAAAUUUUGAGUCUACCUUUGGGUUUAAAAAAAUGUAAAUAUAAUUUAUAGAGGUUUAAAUGAUUUGUUAAAUUGAGUUAUUUCAAACUUAUUUUAAGAAAAUAUAAUAAAACAAACUGCAAUUAAAAGUUAUAAAAUUAAGAUUUAGAUGA